AAUUGCCGCUUAACUCUUUUCCUUGAUCUUUCUUUUCGAUCGGUCGAUCGCUCGCUCUCUGCUGCCGGCUUUGGUUUAGCGGAUAAGAAGAAAAUGGCGCAUUCGUGCGUGUCCACAUCAGCUUCUUCUUCUUCUCUGAGACUCAACUCUCUGGUCUUCUCUACUGCUAACCCUAACUCCUCUUCCCAAACCAAAACCCUCUCUCUCCCCUUCCAGCCCCUUCGUUCCAGUCCUUUGUGGUUUGCCAGGAAAUUAAGAAAACUAGCUGCUAAUCAAAAGAAUGCCCCGAAUUCUACAGUGAAGGUGGCCUUGUACUCGGGUCGGUUUUCAGAGCCGGAAAGGAGGGAGAUUUGGUCCAUUAGGGAUGAUUUGCAAAUCCCAUCUUCACCUUACUUCCCGGCCUACGCUCAAGGAGGACAAGGCCCCCCUCCAAUGGUGCAAGAGCGUUUCCAGAGUGUUAUCAGUCAGCUUUUUCAACAUAGGAUAAUACGUUGUGGUGGAGCUGUUGAUGAUGACAUGGCAAACAUUAUAGUUGCUCAGCUUCUCUAUCUCGAUGCCGUUGAUCCUAACAAGGAUAUUGUCAUGUAUGUGAACUCUCCAGGAGGAUCAGUUACAGCUGGAAUGGCCAUAUUUGACACCAUGAGGCAUAUAAGACCUGAUGUUUCCACUGUAUGUGUCGGACUAGCUGCUAGCAUGGGAGCUUUCUUACUUAGCUCUGGCACAAAAGGAAAAAGAUACAGCUUGCCAAACUCCAGGAUAAUGAUCCAUCAGCCUCUUGGUGGAGCUCAAGGUGGGCAAACUGAUAUAGAUAUUCAGGCAAAUGAAAUGUUGCAUCACAAGGCAAACCUGAAUGGGUAUCUGGCCUACCAUACUGGUCAAAGCCUCGAGAAGAUCAACGCGGACACUGACCGCGAUUUCUUCAUGAGCGCUAAAGAAGCCAAGGACUACGGCCUUAUAGACGGUGUUAUCAUGAAUCCUCUCAAAGCUUUCCAGCCUCUACCAGCGAGUGCAGAUCAGUAAUGAUACCUCUCAGCUUGUAAACCUCUCCCUUUUUAUUACUGCAUCAAAUGCCAUGAUGGCUAUGUUGUAAGAGUUCAAUGGAACGGUCGUGAUAUUGUACUUGAUUUCUCUUGAUUCUGACUGAUAAAUUUUUAUGCACCUAAAAUCAUUUAAUGGAAUUGAGUUUUGCAGUGUUGUCCAUCGAA